AAUAACCACAAUUCUGCCGGAAACCGGAAGAAGAAGGAACAGAAAAUGAAAGUAUUGCAGACUUCAAUGGAGUAAAGCAUUAUUUUGAUUUCACUAGCGCGUAUGCUUAUGAGAAAAAACAAUCUAAGAAUUUUUCGUCGACAGUACAGGCUGCCAGUCCGGGAGAUUUCUGCAACUGAAUCAGUGUGGAAGUGAUUAAAAUGUAACGUGCCGCCGAGUAAGAUAAGAGUCUGUGAAGAGGAAACAAAAUUUGCGUGCUGCGAAAACAAACGAGAGAUGACAGUAUUUGUGUUCAAUUAAUGUCAUGCAUCGCAGAGUGUAUGUAAUGACACGGAUACUUAUAAUUAUUACUCUGUUUCACUCAGCCUUAUGCAUACACAUACCUGCUCCUGUAAAUCUGAGCAUAUCUUCCCAAUAUUUUGUCCACUUGUUGUCUUGGAAAAUGGGGCCAGGCUCUCCUGAUGGUGUUCACUACAAAGUCAGCAUGUGCACACUCAGCAGUGAGACUCCGAUGGUGGUGAAGGGUUGUGAAAAGGUGACGUACCCACUCUCAUGUAAUCUUACAGAGGUCUUUUCUGAUCUGGAGGAAACCUAUUACACCAGUGUGUCUGCUGGCAUGGGGAACUGGACGUCACUGCCUGCCCACUGCAGCCCAUUUAAACCCAUUCAAAACACCACAUUGGAGCCGCCGCUGGUGACAGUGUCAGCAUGUAACAAGUCUCUCUGUGUCAGUCUCAAAGCGCCUGCUCCCAAACUCCACCACAUCUACAAUUCAUUCAGGUUCCACUAUAGACUGGUGAUCAGCAGUGAGGAUGGACCAGAGUUUCAUGAGGAUACUGAGGGGUUACAGAAUGUGACUCUUAAGGAUCUGGCCCCUGGCCGUCGGUACUGCGUGACUGUCAAAAUCAUUGACCGCAGCCACCCCAAUAGACCACCAGCCUGUGCCUCCACCCCUAAAACAGCAAACAGCUCAGAAACACUGAUCAGUUUCGUCUUGUGUCUGGUAAUCCUGCUGUUACUGAUGACCGUCAUUCCAAGACUUGUUUCCCACUUCUAUCUAAAAGCAGAUCUACCUGCAGUUCUGAGUUCCUUUCAUAGUCCGUAUAAAAGGAAACAUCUCCUCAUCACUUCUGCUGAUUCUAUUAAUACGCUCUCUGAGGACACAGAUUUCCUCCAGAAGAUGAAGAGAAACCGAGAGGAGCAUGAAGAGAUUGAAACUGAGACAGAUGAAGGAGUGAUGUAUGAGAAACUAUUGACAUGCUUUGAAGACAAAAGCCAAACAUCUUCAUCUUCCAUUGUACCAUCAUCAUCCAGCUGUGGUUUGUUAAUGGACCAAAGCUCACACACAGGCCUCACCUCCUCCACGGAUGUCCAAGGUUGUAGUUUGAGUUUGCAUGAGGGCAGCUGGGUCCCUGAGACUGAGUCUGUGGCCUCUACAGAGGUCACGUUAAAUGUUAAACACUUCUCCUGGAGGUCUGUUUCUCUCACACGUGUGGAGCAGGAAGACAGCGGUACAACGGAGGUGGAGAGUGAUACAGAUGUCAACCUGUUUUCAGUGACUUUAGGAGGAAUUACAUCAGAACGGCAUGAAGCUGAUGCUGAUCAAACCCGCUGUAUUACAGAUGAGCUGGACCCAACAGACCUGUCUCCUCAAAGCCCAUUCGAAUCUGCUACUGCAUCUCUCUGGCUUUCUGAUUUUAAGCCCCUAAACUCUGAGACCCUUGAGAUGCACAUUUCAGACUCUGAGGAGGAAGAUGAUGAAUAUUCAGGGUACUUAAGUAGAACAUAGAGAUACAAAACAAAAUCCAUUUCAUACCUAAUAAUACCUAGUAACAAUGAUAGUUUUGAUAAUAUAAUUAAGCUAUUAGGGUCUGUAUGGCCGCGUACACACUUCAAAAUUUCUGGAGUGAAUCCCUAAAUUUUCAUUCCAUGUGUGUAUGGAAUACAGGACUGACUCCUGCAGUUGUGAUGAUUGACAAGUGAUUGACAGGGUUUGUAUCUGUGAACAAGAAACAUGAAUGCCACCAGCUGAACCUGUUUUGCGCUCGCUAUUUUUUGAGCAAAGACAAAAAUAUAAUUUAUGUUUAUUGCAAAAUAUUUCUAUAUAUACACAUAUGUAAGUAUUUGAGGGUGAAGGGAGACCAACUUGAUUAUGUCAUUCCCAGCACAUCUUGCGAGUGGGCAGUCAUUUCCGGGCUUGUUUCACUGGCUUUGUUGGCCACAGUUCUCUGAUUGGUGGAUUUUUCUCUGCAGGACCAUGGGUAGUGUAGUUGUACAUCAGGAACUCUGCUAUCGAUCAAGAUUUUUAAACAAUGAAGUUAAAAUAACGCAGACCGAUGGCUUCAACAGAAGCAUAAACCAUAGAUGAACAACCUCGUAACUCACAGUAGGUCUGUCUUUAAAUGUUUUAUAAGUUAUCGUUAUUGGACUCGUCUAUGGGAAAAUACAAUGGGAUUUCUACUUCCGGAACCAGACUUUUGCGCUCUAUAGUGUGAAUAACGUCAUGAUUAAAGGGCGUUAUUGCAGUCUGACAUUUUAUUUAGCUCUGCAUGAGUUCUGAGCACUGGUUGGAGUAGCGCAUUCACAUGACUUGCUGGAGUGGUGCACCAGCAUUACCCCGGCGUCACUUUCCAGACAAUUCGUAUAAAAAUAUAAUUGACAUGCACAGUGUCAGCACUUAGAGCAAAACAAGAUGUUCUCUGCAAGCGCUUUUCAUGUGGAGUCCAAAGCGACAUGAAUCAUGUAAAUGUGGCUUCAUGAUUGCUGAAGCAAAGUGUAUAGCCACAAUUAAUAUUGUGGAGGAUGACAGAGAGAUUUUAUGCGCAUUGCAAUUCGAUUAGGACUUCGAUUAGUCAACCUCCCACUUACACUUUGGAAAACAUUUAAUGUUACUUGAAUUGGUGCUAUUAUAGUGCAUUUCUGUCUUUAUAUUGUGGAAUACUUUGUUUCGAAAAUGAUGUUAUGUUAUACAGUUGAAGUUAGAAGUUUACAUACUCUUACCCAAAAUGUUUGACCCAAGUUAAACAAUUUAAAGGCAAUGCUACCAAAUACUAACAAAGUGUAUGUAAACCGCUGACCCACUGAGAAUGUGAUGAAAGAAAUAAAAGCUGAAAUAAAUCCUUCUCUCUACUAUUAUUCUGACAUUUCACAUUCUUAAAAUAAAAGUAGUGAUCCUAACUGACCUAAGACAGGGAAUGUUUUCUAUGAUUGUAUGUCAGGAAUUGUGUAAAACUGAGUUUAAAUGUAUUUGGCUAAAGUGUAUGUAAACUUCUGACUUCAACUGUAUAUAUAUUGUUUUUUCUAAGAAAGAGAAAAAAAAUGCAUUUUGACAUGAAAAUUAGAAAAUUAGUGAGAUUUCAGCACUUUCAAAAUGUGCGAUUAUUCGAGAUGAACUAUGAAAUAUCAUGCAAUUAUUAGCAAUUAAAUAUUUUGAUCAACUGGCAGCACUAGUUAAAAACUCUGUUUUAAAAGUAUAGCCAUAAGAUGUAAAUAAUGUGCGUGUAAAUGUGAUUUUAGCGUGAUAAAAUCUAAUUUUUCCACUUCGUUUCCAUGAUGACGUAAUGCCAUAAACCUUAAAACGACCAUAAAAACUGUAAUUUAAACAACUUUACAGCUCAAAUAAUACACAAAUUUCAUCAGAGGAAUUAAUGUAAGUGCUUCCAUAAAAUUAUAAGAUUUACAUUUCUGUAUUUAAACCCACCAAAAAUUGGCCCCAUUUACAUCCAUUGUGUCUCACUGUAACUUUGAUUUUUUUAUUUGAUUUUUUAAAGAGGGACGAGUCAAAAUUAUUUGUAGUGGUAAUUAACAUUAUGCCACAAAUGCUGUUGAUUUUGCUUGAGAACUUGUAUUGAACCCAGAAUAUUCCUUUUAGUGGAAACUGUCCAGUAUAAGAUAUACAGUAGUCCCUGACAUGUAAAUAGGAUAAUAAGUUUAAUAGAUAAACCGGUGUUUCACAUCAUAGCUGUCACUAUAUUGUGCAUUUAGCACAAUUGGAACACUGUACUGUCCAAUCAUUGUCCAGGACUCAAUCUGUUUUAUAAAGAGUUGGAUAAGUCAUUAACUGUAACCUGUGUAAUAUGCAUUUCAGUCUAAUGGAGAUGAUUACAGCCUGACAGUUUUCACAUGUAUCACUUAUCUUUGUCUGUUUGAGGAUCAUAGAAAAUUCAGCACCUAAAGUAUUCAAGUUUUUAAAACACGAUUGCAUUUCAUCAGUUAUUUUAUUUUAUUUUUUGCAUACUUUUGUUGCAUUAAUAUUAGUCGUAUUUUGUAUUUACAUUUUCCACAUCUGUACACAUUUUCAAAAAUAUAUUAGUCAUUGUGCUGUUGUUACUAGAGACUGAAAGCUUGUCUUUAAGUCAGACUAACACAAAUGAUUACUUUAGACCGACUGAAGUCAGACUUUUAAAGUGCAUGUAAAGGAGAAUUGUCAAUGAGUAUACAGUAAGUUCUCUGAUGUAAUACAGUGCAAAAAUUGUAACCUCACUUGCCCUGUAAAGUUUGUAUUAUAUAUAUACAUAUAUAUAUAUAUAUAUAUAUAUAUAUGUGUGUGUAUGUAUGUGUGUAUGUAUGUGUAUAUAUACACACUAUAUUGCCAAAAGUAUUCGCUCACCCAUCCAAGUAAUUGAAUUCAGGUGUUCCAAUCACUUCCAUGGCCACAGGUGUAUAAAAUGAAGCACCUUGGCAUGCAGACUGCUUCUACAAACAUUUGUGAAAGAAUGGGCCGCUCUCAGGAGCUCAGUGAAUUCCAGCAUGGUACUGUGAUAGGAUGCCACCUGUGCAACAAGUCCAGUCGUGAAAUUUCCUCACUACUAAAUAUUCCACAGUCAACUGUCAGUGGUAUUAUAACAAAUUUGGAAGCGAUUGGGAAUGACAGCAACUCAGCCACGAAGUGGUAGGCCACGUAAAAUGACAGAGCGGGGUCAGCGGAUGCUGAGGCGCAUAGUGCGCAGAGGUCGCCAACUUUCUGCAGAGUCAGUCGCUACAGACCUCCAAAGUUCAUGUGGCCUUCAGAUUAGCUCAAGAACAGUGCGUAGAGAGCUUUAUGGAAUGGGUUUCCAUGGCCAAGCAGCUGCAUCCAAGCCAUACAUCACCAAGUGCAAUGCAAAGCGUCGGAUGCAGUGGUGUAAAGCACGCCGCCACUGGACUCUAGAGCAGUGGAGACGCGUUCUCUGGAGUGACGAAUCACGCUUCUCCAUCUGGCAAUCUGAUGAACGAGUCUGGGUUUGGCGGUUGCCAGGAGAACGGUACUUGUCUGACUGCAUUGUGCCAACUGUGAUGUUUGGUGGAGGGGGAUUAUGGUGUGGGGUUGUUUUUCAGGAGCUGGGCUUGGCCCCUUAGUUCCAGUGAAAGGAACUCUGAAUGCUUCAGCAUACCAAGAGAUUUUGGACAAUUCCAUGCUCCCAACUUUGUGGGAACAGUUUGGGGAUGGCCCCUUCCUGUUCCAACAUGACUGCGCACCAGUGCACAAAGCAAGGUCCAUAAAGACAUGGAUGAGCGAGUUUGGUGUGGAAGAACUUGACUGGCCUGCACAGAGUCCUGACCUCAACCCGAUAGAGCACCUUUGGGAUGAAUUAGAGCGAAGACUGUGAGCCAGGCCUUCUCGUCCAACAUCAGUGUCUGACCUCACAAAUGUGAGCAAAUGUGUGUAUAUUUUUUUUUUUUUUUUUUUUUUUUUUAUGUAUUUCAUAAUCCAUUCAGUGCCAUUCAAAUCUUCUUAAAACUGCUUUUUUUAAUUGUAUUUCUUUAUCAUGGUCAAACUAAGAACAUCUGUCUCUUACUGAAUAUAUUUUAAUAAUAAUUAAAUCUACAAAUAAUGCAGUGAAUGUUAAUCAUUGUGGUUUCAUGUAAUUUUUUUUUUUUUUUUAUUUUUUUUUUUUACAAACUAUGGCAAAUGUGUUGUGUGUGUAUACAUGUAAAUGUGUCCACUUACCAGCAGUACAGCAGGGGGACCAGCAAAUAUUGUUUAAUGUCAAGGUAAUAAAACACACACACACACAAGAUACAUUCAACAAAAUACAAUAAAAAGUUUAGCAGUC